UCAUCAUCAUCAUCCUCCUCCUCCUCCUCCUCCUCCUCCUCCUCCUCCUCCGUGAUGACGCAGAGAACCCGGAAGCUGUGUGUUCUGUCAGAGAGCAGCUGAACCGCAUUAAAGACAAGAUGGCAGGACUGCCCCGCAGGAUCCUCAAGGAAACUCAACGUUUGAUGCAUGAGCCCGUCCAAGGCAUCAAGGCAGAGCCAGAUGACGGCAACGCCCGCUACUUCCACGUGGUCAUCGCUGGACCUCAGGACUCACCUUUUGAGGGGGGCACAUUUAAACUGGAGCUCUUUUUACCAGAGGAAUAUCCCAUGGCAGCUCCUAAAGUACGCUUCAUGACCAAAAUCUACCAUCCCAACGUAGACAAGCUGGGGAGAAUAUGUCUAGACAUUUUGAAAGAUAAAUGGUCGCCAGCUCUGCAGAUCCGCACCGUGCUGCUAUCGAUCCAGGCAUUACUAAGUGCACCCAACCCCGAUGAUCCCCUCGCAAAUGACGUUGCAGAGAAGUGGAAGUCCAAUGAAGCUGAAGCCAUAGAAACAGCCAAGUCAUGGACCAGGCUUUAUGCUGGAAGCAAAAAUGAUCUGUAGACCAGCCCAACAAGUGGAGAUACAAAGUGUGAUUACGACUCCUCAUGUUUUGCCAAGACCUCUUCCUACUUCAUUUGCAUUUAAAGGACACAGUCUUAAAUAUAUAUAUAUAUAUAUACAUAUAUAUUAUAAAAAUAAACGUGAAUAUAUUGUUAAGGAAAAAAAACAAAACAACUGCUGACAAUUGGUGAUUUAAAUGCUCACUAGUAAUGAAAUGAUGACUCGUGUUUGUCCGAACUCACUAUACUGUUCAAAUGCAUGAGCGGAGGUUGUAGAUCUACUCACCUGGCUUUCUUUAUCCGUUGAAUUCGGGGAGCUUUUUGCCAACCGCUGCUUUAACCAGCACAUUUAUGGGGGGGCGGGGGGGGGGGGGUGUCCUGCGUCCCACUUUUUGGUCUGACUAGAUGGGGUCAAUAUUGUUUUUCCAUUUCUUUAAACUUUAGUUUUCUCGUGUCGCUGUUUGUUUAUUAAAAGCAGCUAACUCCUACUAGCCCGACCGUAUGUAGACACUCACCUGUAGACGGCACAGCUGGACGCAUAAUCUAUUGUAGCCCUGCUUCUUCUUUAGGUCACAUCUGGCUGCAUUAAAUACAAAAUAAUAUGACUAAAAAUUAAACUGAGUCUGCUGUCGUCACAUUAACUUUCUCUCAGUGUAACGUGCAGGCUUGUGGGUGGCGUGGGAGAGUGUGGAGGGUAGGGUGGACAUCGUGGACCUUUCCUUAGUUUUAGCACAUAUGUUUUAUUACCAUAUCCAGUCUUUUAUAUGUGAAUCUUUCUUACUAUUUCCAUACUAACUGCUCUGCUUCCCCCCCUGUAUGUCUAAUCGUACAAGACUCAGUGGUUUGCUUCUUCCAAUGGCAUUUAUUUCACAAAGCAGCGGUUACAUUUGAGCCGUCGGUUGUUUGAUGGCGAGCGUGGUCGUGGUCGUGGUCGUGGAUAGGGUGGGAUAUGGGGGGUGUUCUGGGACUGAUCUGUAUGAGAGGAGAUGCUGGGUUGUUGUUACGGGAUCGAACUCCAAAAGAUGAAUGAAGGCUUUGACUUUCUCGACUGUCUCUCGUGAUCGGUCUUUGGCUGAAAAAGUCUGUAUUCAAUUCACUGUUUGUAAAUUCAUUCUUUGUAUUAAUCUGGGGAGGUGACGUUUUCCUGCUCUCAGAAUGCUACGAAACAGUCCACCUGCAUACUUUUGUGUUCUGUAAAUAAAAUCUGUUGAUUAAUAAA